GUACUAACAUCUGUCAGUGAAGUGUCAAAAUAUUUGAAAUUUUGUGAUCGCUGCGGUAUUGCGCCGGCCGUUUAUGACAAACAUUUCAAUAAAACAAAGAUAAUGUCUGCUUUUCAUGGAUUUCCCGAACUCCCGGGGGCAGAUGAAAUCCCCUUCUGCAAACUAAACGAGGUUUUCUGCUGUGGGAACGCACGAUAUGGAAAUAUAACGACGUUUACAAACUCGACAAAAAGCCAUCCAGUUAUCAACGUGACACGUGAUAUUCACCACCACAGAACGUCCGACGAGAACAUUUCUAUGUACAUUGACGUUGAGGACAAUUUACUCAAGAAAAUAACAAGUGUGUGGUACAAACAGGGGUUUUUGGAAGCCCUGGCCGUCGCCGCAGACCCCUCAGUGAACCAGGAGAGCCAGGUGCUCGCCGUCGCCGCGUCAUACGUGUUGAAAGUAGCGAAUGUGUUCACAGCUUUCAGAUACUUUUUACAGCCACAUUUGAAGGAUAUAGGACCUAAAAUCGUUGCUAAUUACUCUAGGACUAGAAGUUGGGGGAACGGGCCAAUAAAAUGUAUAGCUUGGCAUCCUCAUACUACAAAAAUGGCUGUGGCUACCGUAGAUGACAACGUAAGGAUAUAUUGUUCAGAAGUUGCAUUUGUUUCUACGCUAAAAUGUAAGGCACAAGGUCAUGUGUCCUCGUUGAGUUGGAGGCCGUUCUCAGCUUCUGAAUUGGCCGUGGGAUGUGAACAGGGUGUCAUUGUGUGGACGGUGGACCCUAAUUCAAUGUUUACCAAGCCAUCUUCUAGCAAUGCUGUGGUUUUGAACAGGCCAGGCCACAGUCCUGUCACCGACGUGAGCUGGUCUCCCAACGGUGACUUGCUGAUCAGCUGCUCAGGUGCUGACACUUCCAUGCUAGUGUGGGACGUGUCUAUGGAGACUGCGGUUCCUCUACGAAGAGUUGCAGGCGGUGGCAUUGUGUUUGCACGAUGGUCAUUUGACGCCAGCAAAGUCUUUGCUGCUACUUCUUCUAUUAUAUUUAGAGUAUGGGACACAAAACGCUGGACGCCGGAGCGUUGGUGCGCUCGCGGCAACCGCGUGGUGGCCGCGUGCUGGGGGCCCGGAGAUGUGCUGCUGUUUGCCGCUAAGGGAGAACCUAUGGUGUAUGCUCUUACUAAUACUGGGCUCAUGAGUGGAUCACAAACCAGCAAAGCCCUGCCAGUCCUGGACGUAACAAAGGUGGAGCUACCAUCCGGAGACUCAGUGGGAGGACCCAUACUGGACAUGUGCUGGGACCCGACUGGCAGAUACCUGGCCAUACUGUUUGAAGAGUCACAUUUAGUCACCGUGUUCUGUACCACCAAGCUUAUGUUGCAGCUUAAGAUUACGCCUUGUUGCUUCAUCUGCGGCAUAGAAGUCGAAGUCCCAUCGACCAUGGCAUUCCAACACAACUUCAGCGAAGGAGCCUGUCUUACCAUUGCUUGGUCCAGCGGUAGAGUGCAGCACUUCCCCAUUAUAUAUACCGAUACGUAUUAGUUUGUUUGUUUGCUAGUUUGUGACGUAUGUGUAGGUGAAGUAAGCUAAAUAAAUACUGCAGGGACAUAUUUUCUUAUAGAAAAUUUACGAUAUGGGACUAAAACGCCAGUUGACAGAGUCUGUAUAGGUGCUCGAGAAUAAAGAGCAUUUGCAGGUGGAUGGAUGGAAAAUACUGACACCAGGGCUUGUUAGGUGAUCAAACCUGCAGUUCACCCUAUAGGAAGAAGAAAUAACAAUUUAUUUUUGGUUAAAUAUUGUUCUUCAAUCCUUGUUGCAGUAGAAAUGGAAGUCGUGUCGAUCCAACUUUAAUUAUUCACACUUAUAAAACAGACCUGAAAGGUACCUAUUUAUUAAGCUUGCUUGUGUUUGAAAUCAGAGUAAAAUAAGGUGUAAGGAAAUAGUAAAUAGUAAAUCUUGCUUACUAAAAAGAACUGCCACUACUUUGUAAACUUGGGCAAAAUUUUGUCCUGGUCUAGGUAAAUGUCUGACAAAAAAUAAUAUUCUUGUGGACUCAUAAGCCUUAAGGCACACACAAUGUAAUAAGUUUUAAGACAAAAAAAUAAUAUAAUACUGCCAAAAUGUGUUGUAAUAUUAAAAUGUAAAGAUAUUUAUACUGCAAUAAAACAAUAUAAUUCAAAUGCGAUU